CGGCUCCUGCGGCCUCCGCACUGAUCCUGGGCAUCUGUGGGGUUCCACAGACGCUUGUUCCUGAUGAGUAACCGUCGCUGAGGAGAGGAAAUGACAUGUGAGGCAAGGGUCCCAGGACCUUUCCCACACUUCCUGGUUCCAAGGUGCCCCACUUCUUGGACCUGCAUCCCCUUCUGCCAAAACUUUUUCUACCGGGAAUUGUCAAUGGCCCCAGGUCACUGCAUGCCACCGUCUCUCCCCUGAACGCCAUGGGCAGCACUGAGUCAGCACUUACCACUUCCCAGGUCCCGGGCUCGGACUGUGAGGUGCAGGGGUUGCUGACCCCGUGAGAAUGAGGCCUGGGUUAGAGAAGUACAGAAAGGGGGGUGAAGACUCAGCGGGAUCCUGGGGCAAUCUCCAUGGCUGUCCCAAGGUAUGGCAAAGAGGACAAGAGAUCUGAUAUCAUCACCACUCUUAUCUCGAUAUAAAGACCGGCUGACAGGCACUCUAACCCGGGAGACUCUGUUGCAGCCAGCCUGAGCCAUGCCUGCCUGCUGCCGCAUCCUGGCGUUCCGGGCAGCUGUCUGCCUCCUCUCACUGCUCUGCACACGUGCAGUCCCAGGUGAGCCCCGGAGGGAAGAGGACCCCAGAGGACCCCAGAGGACCCCAGGUCGGGACCCACCUGCCCCUGCUGCCUGGGGCACCGGAGCUCUGUCUCCUCCAUUGCCGCCCACGGGAACCACUGUGCCGCUGUGCCAGGCCCACUUGAAAUGUGGGGACCAGUUCUACCACCCCCUGCAACACUGCUGCCUGAACGGUGCCCUCGUCCUCGUAGCCCGCACCCAAGGGUGUGGCAGCUGCCGCUUCAGAGUCUGCUUUGAGCAGUGCUGUCCCCAGUGGCCUCUUGGCCUGAAGGAGCCCUUCCCGGUGACGCUGAGGCUCGAGAAUUGCUCCUCACCCCGUCUCCAGAUGACGGGCUUUGUCACAAGGCCAACUGAUGAACCCCCAGGCCAUGGCACUGGAGGACUCCCGGAUUCUGCCACCUGGAUGAGCAUGGAGAGUCAGCCUUGGACCCCUAAGAGGCGAGAUGUGGAGUGGAGUGAGAUGCAGUGUGGCUUUCCUGCUGAGUCCCCUGUGUCCCUAGCCCGCCUCUGCCCUGAGUGAGGACUGAUCCUCUUUCCACAAGAGCAUGCCAGUCUUCUCUAACUGAGGUUUCCCUCAGGGCAAUUGCCAUGACUCCUGUGGCUCACAGCAGGCGGGUACCGGAUCCUCGGUGACCCCGAGACCCUUCUUCAAGGCAUGACAUUGCCUCAUAUCCCUUUCAUCCCUGGGAGGGCUUUAUUCCACUUGAACAGUUUGUGUGUGAAGUGCCACCGGCCAUGAACAGCCAUGCUGGUCCCCUUUUCUCUGUCAUCCUGUGACAGCAAGGCACAUCCAGUUUUUUCUUCAAGUGUGCGUAUGUCAGAAAACCUCCUUCGUCUCCUGUGGCCUGAAUAAAAG